UCAUCGCCUUUGUCACCUUCUGACUCUCCAGUAAGCAGCAAAGAUGAGUUACGUCGCAAAGGACCAAAAGGAAGUCGAACAAGCACCAGUUGCUCAAACCCACAAGAUCCGUAUCACCUUGACCUCACGCAACGUUAAGGCUAUUGAGAAGUUCUCUGCAGACCUCAUUAACCGCGCUAAGGACAAGGAUUUGCGUGUCAAGGGUCCAGUCCGUCUUCCAACCCGUGUCCUCAAGAUCACCACCCGUAAGGCUCCAAACGGUGAAGGUUCAAAGACUUGGGACAGAUACGAACUCAAGAUCCACAAGCGUUUGAUCGAUCUCACUGCUACCUCUGACAUCGUUAGACAAAUCACUUCUAUCUCCCUCGAACCAGGUGUAGAUGUCGAAGUCACCAUCGCAGCUUAAGCGCUUGUUAUCUUGUAGAAACUGCAUAAAUAAUUGUUUUAUGCUUAUUUUUUAUUUUUAUUUCUUAUCUCUCCUCUUUCAUUACUACCAUCUCUUCUAUAUCUCGAACGACUAAUGAUUGAUGGAGAUGUGAUAGCUAAGC